AUGUCACCAAUACUGUUCAACAUAUACGUCGAUGCUGCAUUAGCACAAUGGAGACGGAAAUGCAGUGGAAUGGGAAUUUCCGUGGGUGAUCGAACGCUAUAUACACUGCAUUAUGCCGACGACCAAGUGAUACUCGCUCAAGACCCUGAAGAUUUAGAGUAUAUGACGAGGAAGUUGCUGGAGGAAUAUAAAAAGUGGGGACUAGCAGUAAAUAUAAAGAAAACCAAAUACUUAUGUAUAGGAGGACAAAUACAAGACCUACAACUGAACUCUGGAGAAAAAAUUAGUGGGUGUGAAGAGUACAUAUACUUGGGCACGAGAAUCACUCAAGAUGGCAAGUGUGAAAAAAUGAUCAAUGACAGGAUAGUCGGAGCACGAAGAAUUACGGAACACUUAACUCCAUCCUAUGGCAGAAAGAUGUAA